AUGUCAAACAAGUACUUCCCUUAUUUUUGUCCUCCAAAAACCAAAUGGACACCUUUAGGAAAACUUUCAACCCGAUCUAACAGUUUUGAGCCCUCAAAAAUGCAAAUUUCUGCUAAAACGAAGCCUUUAUCACGCGAGUCAGAUUCUAAUUGCAGCUUUAGUGUUUCUCCUCUAAAGCCUAAAAACGACCAAUGUGUUUCAUAUAGUAUCGAUAGCUCUCAAAACCCGAACGAACUGCAAUUGUUCUUACAAACUCCAAGACAAGAUGACUUUCAAUCAGAAGCAUCCUUUCAAAAAGUUAACGAUUCACGAAACAAUUUACUCAAAAAUGAUAAUUUUGAGUACAAAACUAAACUCAGCCACUCCAAAAGAAGCUUUUUAUGUGAAAACUCUAUUUAUUCUCUAAUGAGAAAGCUUGAGCCGAAGCCUAUUAAAUUCCUUUAUGAGUCCCCUUAUACAACUCGAUCUUUAAGUGCGAAGAAAAGGGUUAUCAAAUACUAUUCUUCUAAAGAAGUGAAUAAAGAAAAAGAGCCAUACUAUCGAGGACCAAUUAUAGUUGGAUCAAUGAUAAAAGGAAAAGAGUCGAUAAAAGCAAAAUUGGAGAGAAGGAAAAGAUUUCCACGAACGUCAAGUAAUGCGAACACCACAACUGAGGAAUCUUACUACACUCUUAUAGAGUCAAGCAUUUCUAAAUUUGCAUAG